AAAAAAACKAAAGCCCGUGGUGCUGUAAAAUGCCGUGAGGCGCGGCCGGCGGGGCCUGAGGGACAGAGCUCGGGCCCGGUCCCGCUCCAUAUGCCCCGAACCGCCCCGUCCCGCUCCAUGUGGGGCCGCUCCUCAUCCCCAGCCUCAUCUUUCUACUAUGGCCCGGAAAACAGUUAGCAGGAAGCGGAAAGCGGCGGCGGCUGCCGCCGCGGGGACCGGGGGACUCCAGGGGGAGCAGUAUGAGUGGGAUCACUCGGUUCACAAAAGGAAAAGGCUCCCGCCGGUGAAAAGGUCUUUGGUGUACUACGUCAAAGGGAGAGAGGUCCGGAUGCAAAAUGAGUCCAGCUACCAUCGCUUGUUGCACGGAUACGCAGCCCAGCAACUCCCCAGCCUCCUGACAGAAAGGGAAUUUCACCUCGGAACACUCAAUAAAGUGUUUGCCUCCCAGUGGCUGAACCACCGACAAGUGGUGUGUGGGACAAAAUGCAAUACGUUAUUUGUAGUAGAUGUCCAGACUGGUCAAAUUACCAAGAUUCCUAUUCUGAAGGAUCGUGAACCCGGCAUGGUGAACCAGCAGGGAUGUGGCAUUCAUGCCAUUGAGAUCAACCCUUCAAGGACCCUCCUGGCCACAGGUGGAGACAACCCCAACAGUCUUGCAAUUUAUCGUCUGCCUACACUUGAUCCUGUCUGUGUGGGAGAUGAUGGACACAAAGAUUGGAUAUUUUCAAUUGCGUGGAUCAGUGAUACUAUGGCUGUUUCUGGUUCCCGGGAUGGUUCGAUGGGUCUCUGGGAAGUCACAGAGGAUGUGUUGUCCAAAAGUGAUGCCAGGCAUAAUCUGUCUCAAGUUCCUGUCUAUGCCCACAUAACACAYAGUGCUCUGAAGGAUAUUCCCAAGGAGAACACCAAUCCUGACAACUGCAAAGUCCGAGCAUUGGCUUUCAACAAUAAGAACAAGGAGCUGGGGGCCGUGUCCCUGGAUGGGUAUUUUCAUCUUUGGAAAGCAGAGCACACACUAUCAAAGUUACUUUCCACAAAGUUGCCAUACUGCAGGGAGAACGUGUGUUUGGCUUAUGGUCAGGAGUGGUCAGUGUAUGCAGUAGGAUCACAGGCACAUGUCUCCUUUCUGGAUCCGAGGCAGCCUUCUCACAAUGUUAAAUCCGUCUGUUCCAAAGAACGAGGCAGUGGUAUCCGCUCAGUGAGCUUCUACGAGCACAUCAUYACUGUGGGGACAGGGCAAGGGUCCUUGCUGUUUUAUGAUAUCAGAGCCCAGAGGUUUCUGGAAGAAAAGCCCCCCCAUGCCUGCUAUGGGCAGAAGCAGAAAUUAGGAGGAAGUGAAAUUUUGAAGUUGACAACCGGCAAAGGCUGGCUGAGCCAUGAUGAAACCUGGAGGAAUUAUUUUUCUGACAUAAAUUACUUCCCAAAUGCUGUUUACACCCACUGCUACGACUCGUCUGGAACGAAACUCUUUGUGGCAGGAGGCCCUCUUCCAUCAGGACUUCAUGGGAAUUAUGCUGGUCUAUGGAGCUAAUGAUAACUCUUUAUUGUGAUGCAAAUCUUUACAGAGAUUUCCACUUUUCUUUUCCUUUUUUUAACAACAAAAUUGUGUGAUGCCAUUGAUUUCCUGAUUUAAACACAAGUUAUUUUUUGGCAGAGUUUUCUGUCAAACUGUCUCCAACAGUUUUGUACAUCUUUUUGAACCAGGUUUUUGCUUUAACCUCCUUGAUCCUUUAUAUGGAGGCGUUUUGAAGUCCUUUUUUAUUGUAUUUACUCCAAAUGACUCUUCCCCCCAUUUAGGCUGUCUUGGCCAUGUGCCCCCUCCUCUACUUUGCUGUGAGGUAGGAUUCCUUUCUUAUAGAGUGGUUGCUCCUGAGCUUUCUGUGAAAGUCUCGGGGCUGCAUGUAUGCAGGUACUUUGUGUCAGUUACAUUACCUGGAGUGAGGACUACUUGUAAUUAAAAAAUAUUAAAAAUAUUUAUAAAAGAUAAGCUAAACUACUUUAUCUGCAGAGCCUGACCCUGGCCUGGGUUGAUCUUAUUUUUUAAAAGUACAAGUCUAAUGACACUGUUUAUACAUAGAGGGAUAUGGUGAUUUUAAGCUGUACUGACUGGAGCCCAGGGAUGGAUUCCCUAGGGUAUUGCCCAUCAAAUCCAAAGUGCAGGAGUUUUAAAAAGUGCAUUUGUGUUUGAAUGGUAGUUUUCAGCAGUGCCAGAAGCAAAAAUGAUCUGUUUCUUCACUGCCUAUCCCAGGUAUCAGCUUGCACAACUGGAGUUUGUAUAGGCUGUUCUGCAGCAUGGCUGUUGCAGGGUGACAUUACAUUGAGGGCUGCAGAGGUGCUGAGAGGAAAUGGGGGCUAAUUAUUCAAAAUGAACUAAAUCUGUCUGUUGUCCAGAUGAAACAUAGUUUCUGASUAUGCUGUUAGGGUAGCUUUUAAGCUUUUCAUAAACUGCCUAAAACCUAGGACCUUUUUUAUCCCAGGUUGUGGAAAUUAUUCCCUUUUUUGCUGUUUUGGUUGGCCAUCUGCUCAAAUAAGCCAAUGGAAUAAAUAAACUAUUUUUUUUCUCCAAGAUUAAAGAGUGCAUCUUGGACUUUACUAAUGCAAGCGAGAAGCUUUCCAUGAAGGAGGAUAGCUUGGUGUUACCUCACUUUUGCACUAGCAUAUGCUGUAGGAGAGGCUCAGGCUUUUCCCAAACCCCCUGCUGCCUUCUGCAUUCAGACUCCCUCCAACUUCACCUGGGACUGGGAGGGGAGAACAGGUCCAAUGCUCUCAGUCCAGCUGUGAAGUGUGUGCAUCCCAGGGURAUGGUCUUGCCCAAUACACAGCUAAAAUGCAAGACUCCUGUGUAUUCCUCCUUUUGGCAGGCACCAAGAUCUCAGCUUGUUACUGAUGCCUGUUUCCUCUGCUGGAAUUAAUGCCUUUCCGCUGACAUUCAUGGAGCAGUGUGCCUGUACCUCAAAACUUUGGUGCCAAAAGGACAGUUGGUUGAAGCUGAGAGAAAGGACAAGGCUGGCACAUGCUCUGUUCUCCUGUUUUGUGGGAGAUCAGAGCUACAAGUGCAGUUCCUGCCCACAGCCCAAACAUAGUCAGCAUAGGUCUUUGCAGUCUCUCUCAUCUUCAUACUCAGUAUGAAGUGAGUGUCAGGCAUAGGAUCCAGUUGGUAUGCAUAUGUGGRUGGAAAUCCUACAAGGAGCAGUUCCCUCUCAUCAGGGUGGAAAUCCUGGCACAAGAAGAGCUCUCUCCCAGGUGUGCACCUGUCCCAGAAGUAUAAUUUGCACUGAGCACCAACACAGGCACUUCACUAACAGAUCAUCUUCCGGUGUUUCAUAACUGUACUUCCUAUUGUGAUCUCAUUGCUUAAACUUCAUCAGUUCAAAGUACUGUGUGUAUGGCUAGUCAGGCUAUUCUCUGAAAAGGGCAAAUUGCAUAGCAUGGGGUAGCUGCUUUGGUUAUUUUAGGGGUUUAGAAAAGUGGAAGUAUACAAAGAAAAACAAGUCUUGGAGAAGUAUGGCAGGAUUUGUAAUUCUAUUGCGAGUGUGUAUGAUCAUUCUGUCCCAAGGACCAUGUUCUGCUUUGUUCUUUUUUUUAACUGGGUUUGGUUUGAAGUUUGUUGGGUUUUUUUUUUAAGAAACUAGGCACUUGAGUCUAUUUGAGUGACUCCUACUUCAGUUCUGCUGAAGUAACAUUUAGUAGCUGAGCAUUUAGUGUCAGUAGUGCCAAAGGAAAACUCCUGUUCUGGAAAUUCUAGCCCUGAUCAUGAUCUAUUAAUUGAAGCAUAUUUUGGGCCAUGAUGAUGGGAAAAACCUAUUUUUGUGGACAGAGAUUCAGCCUUCAAACACACAGGCUAAUUUUUCUGCAGUUUCCCAAGUUAUUGAAGAGGCACCACUGAAAACUGUCCCUUCCUGCUGACUCUAAUCUCUAAAAGUACCUCAGUAUGAACUCCUAAAGCUUGGUAAUGUGACUGCCCUUUUCCUCCUUUUUUUUCUGCAUAGGAAGCUCUGCACAAUUCUCAGAUGAAUCUGGACAAUGAUGUAAAAUGCCUCAAGUCUCACAUGCUUCUGUGUAUUCUGGUUUCAGGAUGCUUUCAUGCAAAAAUAACUUCUCAUAGGAAGGGAGCCAUCUUUGUUGCUGUAUGAAAAUCCCCACCAAAAAACUGGAACCAAACUAGAUAAUGCUUCAAGGACACUAGCAAAUUGUGCCAGAGAUAACACAAUUUCUAGCCAGUUUCAGUGGUUUUAAAUGCUUAAAGCAAUACAAAUGUGAAGUUUUCAGAAUGUUUUUGUGGUUGGUCAUACAUCACUUUUGUUCCAAUCACUGUUAGAAAUUGAGGCAGAGAAAGGUGAUGAUGAUUUUCCAAAUGUCCAAAGAUGAGUGAUAGGAGAAAAAUUCCAUUUUUCUUGUCUUUGAUUUUGUUGCCCAGUUGGAUUAGAUAUCUGUUGAAAUUAGGAUCAUGGUUAGAAAUGCAUAAUUUCCCAUGCAAGUACACUAAUGAAUGGCUGCACAGCAGGGAGUCUCCAGGCUCUGAAAAGAGGUGAGUUUGCAAUCCUUUUUGUUCAAGAGGCCAUAUGUCCCUGCAAUGGACUGAGCUCAGUCUGCUGACUGCACCUCAGUAGCUUCUUGAACAGCUUGCUGUGUGCUGCUGAGACCCAGUCACACGCAUAUAUUCAGAUCAUUUUAGCUUCUCCACUGUUUCUUCAAGAUUUUCCUUCCUUGGUCUUUCCUGCCUACUAGAAUGGUUUGUUUGGGGUUGUCUCCUUUAACCCAAAUCGUACCAAACUUUGCUGUAGAGAUACUGUCCUUGCAGAGAWGACUUCCGUUGAGCAGGAACUGGCUUGCUGACAUUUUGUCAACCUGUGCUCAAGACCUUCAGUUUGCUUUAUUUUUACUGGGUAGAAGGUGAAGGCUGGCUCAGGCUGUUGAACUGGGCAGUUUUCCUUGUACGUGUUUGAUAUGAUUAGACAGUAGCAGUCUGUUCUGGGUGGGGAACAUGCUCUGGUUUAUCUCGCUUGAAAGAGAGAAAGGAACUUUCAGUGUAACAUGCCUUCUGACUGGCUGUUAUCGGCUUCUCAGUUAUACGGAAUCUUCUGAGCUACCAGGGAGUGUAGAAGGCAGUUCAUUUUACGGCUCAGCUCUUUUCAGUACACUUACAUGUUAAUUUGGGUAUCWUUAGGUAUUACAUUUCCAAUAUUCRUAACAGGUAACCAAACUAGUGAGUCAGAUAUGGGUUUGGUAAUAUCUAGCAUGUAAAUAUUGGGUAGCAACUCGUAGCAUCCAGUAACAGCUGGAUSUUACCUCAUGRGACAUUCCUGAGGAAUCAGAAGCUMCUUUYCAGUGGUGCCUGAGCACAGCAAAAAGUGUUGUGCGCAUCUUCUUCACUAAACAUCUUAUUCCUGUAAUUGCUCCGGCUUCCUCCCUUGUACUGUCAAGUUUUGUAGGGAGAAUUCCUAGUGCUCUCCUCUGGUGCUUUCUGGGAYUGCAGUAAAGAAGUGAGUCCAUUUGUUUGGUUCCCUCAUCAGUACUGCUGGUGUUAGUUUGAGGUGAGUAAAUUACCAAAGAGUAGUUGUUAGUAGGUUUAUGUUCCUAGUCUCAGUUGUUCAUUUUACACACAGAUCCAUUUUUAAGAUCAUUGCUGACCUUAGCCUGUUUACUGAGGUUACACAUAUUGUGGGUGACUCUUGUGACUCUCUUCAUGAGAGGAACUUAUGAAUUGYAUUAAGGGGUUUAUAUUUGCUGCCUCCAUUUUAGGGUUUUGUCAGCUUUUUAUAUAUAAAAGAUUAAGAUACAUGGGGAUCAUUCUCCUCCAGAAUUUCAUCCUAUUCCUUCACCUGAGCACUUGCUUUGUAUAUUGCUUGCAGCUGCRAAGUUAACAUUAAAUUGAUGAUCCAGCUACGUCCAGUGGUGCUUUGAUGUCUUAAUUUGUGCCACUCAGCUGAGAGGCAUUUACAGGCCUUGUGAACUGCUGUGCCUCACCUGGUGCAGGUGUGAAACAAAGCAGGCUUGCCUAGACYCUUCACCGAGGUCAGUUGUUUGCUUCGUUUGCAAGAAACCAAGGACAGGUGGGCUGUCAGUUACUGCAUGUGGGAAAGCAGCAGCAUCUUUCAGCAGCCAGGUGGUUUUAGUGGUCUGAUAACCCUUGUUUUCAAUAAACCUGAUUUUCCAAGGUGUCUGGUAUCUUCUUAAUUAGCUUCUUUUUCAAUUGCUGCUAUGACCGAAUUACUGGAAUGGGGUACAGCUUGUUCCUAAGGAAUGCUGUUGCAGAGCUGUGUGUGAUGCAGGUGGAGUUGAUCCUCUGGCUAGCCCAUGCUGAGCCAGGGACUUGUGAUCUAAUAGGCACAAMAUUUUUAGGUUAAAGACAAGUGAAAAUCCCUGUGUGUCCUGCUGGCCUCACCACAGUCUGAGCCCAUGGUGUGACCACAACUUAAAAUGCAUUUCUGAGUGUUGCAGUGUCCUCAGUAAGUUAUUUGAAAGUCUGAAGGAGACACCCAGGACAAGAGAGAGUGGAAAAGAGAACACAGCCAAAUCUUGUGUGAGGUGCUCUCCUUUUUCACUGUACGUGAGCACUUUGUGUGGUGAGGAUGAGCAAGGGACACCAGAGAAACAGUGAAAGCUGAACAGUGUUUGGUGUGGYUCUCGGGACUCCUGAAGAAUUUAAAAACUAGAGGGUGUAUGUGAAAGCUUAACAAGAAACAUCUUUGAGAGAUCAAGUAUAUAUCCAUGACUUUCUUGUUUUCUCUAUAUUAAUUUUCAAGGAUAAAAUUAGGAAGUAUCGUUUUGCUUGUGAUGCUGAGUUUCUUCAUGAAAACCACAUGGAACUUGGCUAAUUAAAAGAAACCUCUUGCAGAAAGGAAUCUUCCAAUUUCCUAACAGUCUUUGCCACUAGUAUCCUUCUGAGAGCAGUAUGGUCUAAGAAAGUGCACAGAGUUUUAAAAUGGAGUGCCAGKGCUGGCAGAGUUGAGAAAAUGUGGGCUGUCUGACUGUUUCAAUACCCAGAAAACCACCAACACUUGAUUGUAUAUGAAUUGUGGUCAUUGUACUGAAACUGAGAGSGUGUAUAAAACCUCUUGCAACAUAAUGCAAUGUCUUUAGUCCUAGAUUGUUUUGAAUUYAUAAUCUUGCCUUUAGGACAAAAAGUUUAGGAGUCAAUACAUUGUUUUCUUAGGAACUGCUUUUCUAGACUCCCUUACUAAAAGGGAAAUUUCAGGUGCUCAACCUUACAAUCUCAUUAAAYUUGUAAUUUGUAUUGGCCCAUUCACUUGGUCUCUUCAUUUCCAAGGCCUCCCACAGUCUCAGGGUAUAAAUCACUAUGACUCAUCCAAAUAGUACCGAAACGGACCAACCAGAGGUUAAUGUGCCUUCCUCUUCUGGUACCUUGAUCUUUGUAAAGUUAUCUCAAACUCAUCACUUUCUUAGGGCUGGGUAUAGGCAUUGUCUUUUUCUAAGAUGUAUGUGUUGAAAUUGCAACAGGAUUGUACUGUUAUUUGUGACUUGCUCCAUUUGUGUUAGGAUGUGGUGUAGACACAAAUCAAUGCACUGGUUGGUCUUGGUAUCAGUCUURUCAGUUGACACCUCUCAGUGCUGCUUGUAUGUUCAUGUGUACAUAAAUGCUGGAUAUUCCCCACUGCCUGUGAUGCAUAAAAUGCCCAAAAUACACAGGGUGUUUUAAAAUGUGCAGUGAUCACAACUUAUUGCCUGAAGGUAGAAUGUCCUACAGUGAACUGGUUUUAGUGGAUUUUUUUCCCAAGUAUUUUUAAUAAGAUUCAAAGCCUUGAGGGACAAAAUAAUCAGGACUUGCUGAUACUUGAUGGAUUUUGUUCUGAAUCCAGGGUCUGAUGUUUGUUAACAACUCCUCCAAAUCCAUCCAGCUAAUAGAGGCUUUCUCAUUGUUUCUGUCAUGGGCUGUAUCAGAAACAGAGAACCCUGAACUACUACAGAAGCUGUCAAGCAGAGUAGUAACAGYUCUCUUCAAAUAUUACAGUGCACAUUUUUUAACUGUAAGAUAAAACUGUUCAAAGUUAUUGAUGCAGCUUGCAAAUAGAACAGUGGGAAAUGGUGGAUAGUAUGUGAAACCAUCCUGUCUGCACAUGGGGAUCAGUAUUCUGUUACCUUGCAAAUUGUUUCUCUGAAAAGUUUUGUUGGGAUUUUUUUUCAAUACAAAGACAUUAUACAUUUGGCUUAGUUUCUAAGGAUAUUUUUGUUUACAAACCUCAAAUUGACAUCUGGAAAUUGGACUGUUUYUGUCUGUUACGUAGACUACGACUGAUUCCUGUUGUCUCAUAAGAGCAUGGAAAUAGGAACAUAUCUUCACUUGCAGUGGCCUUCCAUGGGCAUGCUGGUGCAUAAUUAACUGAAUCACAGUACUACACUCUGUUGAUCCAUGAGGCUACCUUUGUAUUUAAAAUCAACAUGAUCAGUCAUCAGUAUAUUGACAUCAACACAUGGUCAUGCAGCUCUAAGGUCUGUGUGUUCUGUUCUAACUGUAUGUGUUCUGUCUGUACUGUGGUGCAGACUUACUCUGGAGAACUUCAGUAAGGUGCUGUUUUACUUUUCAGUGCAGAACAAAUGGAUUUAACUUAGUUUUCUAUCUUUAGCAUCUUCCUCUUCUCCCAUUUUUCCCUAGUUCACUUUUAACAAUCAGUUCAAAGCUGUCCGCCUAUUCUGAAAAGCAUCAAGUCAUAAUAAAAAGAAGACCUGUAGCCCAAUGUGGCAAGAUCACUGCUUUUACCAUAAACUUCUGUGACUGGAUGCCUGUUUUGCAAGUGGAGACUAAACCCCUGCACAGUUUACAGAAGAAAUUCUCUUGCCUCCAUGUUGUUCAGUGAAUAUCAGCAGAUCAGGAAGUGGAAGUGCCCUGCACCUGCACCCAGUGUGUUUGUCUAACUGAUCUGUAGUGGUUUAGCCAGAGAACUGACAUCUCUGGCUGCUAUUUAAGUCUUGACUAAAGGUUUCAUUCAGGGCAGUGCCAGGAGAGUGAGUUGCUGACUUGAUCCCAUGUAAAGGCUUCCUCAACAGAUUUUUUUUUGGGUGGAAUUAUACAAGAGUAAGGAUACAAGCAAAGCAAUAAUCCUCUGCUCCAAAGAGAAAAAUUAUUCUAAUCUGUUUUGGCUAGGAAGCAUGACAAAGGCUAGCUAUGCCAGAGGUGAGCUGGCAAUGGAGUGUUUGAAGGGUAGGCCUUGAGGGUUUGUGCCAUCAUGCCUUAGAUCACUGCAAACUAAUUGCUCUCAAAGCUUUCGAAACUGGUGGUCAUCCCUCUUCAGAUGAGAUGUGAAGAUGGCAUGGGGAAAAAACAGUGGUCACUCAGUCUUCCUCUCARCAUUCAAGGUUACCAGUGCACUUGUGUCUUUGUUUUCAUGAGUGGCUAUGAUUAAUGUGCUUCACAGCUGCCACCAGCCCCUUCCACAUACUUUGUGCAGGGAUGAUGGAGUGAAAGAGCCUUCUCUGCAUUAUCCUCCACUUGGCUGGUUGUUAUCAGUGCAGGGGCUAACAGGCCAGCUGUGAUUUACAGCUUCAGCUGCUUGCUGUGGGCUUCUUCCACACUGCAGGUGUGAUGUGGGGCUGUUAUGAAAAGAACUGGGUAAGUAACUUCUGGUGGGUUUUGCCACUCUUGUUCAAAAUGCUGUCUCCAGUCUCAGUCUCUUGUCCCAGCCUCACUCACAUCUUGCCACCCUCUGACAUGCAGGACUUGAGYAAGUCCCCUGUUCUCUCAUGGUGUACUCGUUCAGGUACCAAGUUCUGCAAAGCCUGGGGGCACCUGUUAGAGCCCUACUACACUUUGAAAUUUUCACACUUGCCUAGGCAGUGGUUUGCUAAACUAGGACCUUGCUCACAGUGUCCUUAUUCAUUUUACUCAGCUCUAGGUAUCUCCCCAGACUCUYAUAUCCCUUUCAGUCUAAAAGGGUUUGCUCCAAAGCCCAUGGAGUCAAUUCCUGUACUGCUGGUUUUUGCAAUUCAGUGGCUUUUCUUUUUCUUGUUUUUAUUCUGGGGUUCACUGCAAAUGUACAAAACCAUACUGACUUUCUUAACUCCUGAACAUAGUACAAUGGUCCAUCCUGUGGCAUCAGAAUUAUAUGUCUACUCUCAAAGUGCACUGAAGCAAGUAUCUCUUAGACAAACAAGGGGRAAAACAGCUGCAUAUACAUGGGUGAAAAGGUAUGAGUAGGAUAGGUGAGGAAGCAGCUUAUGAAUUUUAAGCAUAAAAACAGUAAUUGAGGUCUUUUGGGUUCUCUUUUAAAAACUGCUUUAACAGGAGAUUAGGUGGUGUUUUAACCAAUAGAAAUUUGCAGUGUAAACUGAGGUUUCUGUUCAUCAAUGCAAAAUGUGCCUCUCAACUCUAAUGCAAAGUCAGCCUCGGUUGCUCUCGUUUGCAAUGGAAGAUUAUCUGAAGACUAAUUUAAUGUGUUUCUUGCUUUUAAAUGUAAUCACCCACAAAACAGUCCUUGCUGGUCUUUCCCAAGCACUGUUCAGUACUAUCCCUAUUUAAAAACAGAACAGGGACUGCAUUGCACAGUGGAACCUAAUGAAUUCCUUGGUUUGAGAGAGACCCUGGAGAUGAGUGCAGGUUCCAUGUGUUUUAAAUACAACUUUAAACCAAUUCAGCUAUUGUCUCAGACCAGCACAACUUCCUACCUUUCCCUCUAUUUACAAAGGAGUUAAAAAGUAAACCAAGCAAUACAUGAGCCAGUUGAUGUGCUUGCAGGUGAAACAUGUCUUUUUUUUAAAUCUGAAGAUUGAGAUUUCUCUUGUGGAAGAACUCAUUUUGAGUGCAAGAGUGUGGAGCUCAGAUUACAGCUCUUCUGCCAGCAUGUUCAAUGCAAUUAAGUAUUCCAGACUCUUUUGAAGACCAUAUAAAAGCUGUGAAAAUAUAGACUGGAACUGAUAAUUUUAGGUAUGUGUGUGUUGCUUGACUACAUGGACAGUGUAACAAUGAUUUUUACAGAUUGGUUUUCCACGUAUUAGACAUAAAUAAUUUGCUGUUUGGAGGAAAACUUUUAGUAGAUACGUUUCCAGAUCAAAUUAUGAGCCUAGUUUUUUCCCUGUUGCAUUAACCGGAUUACUGUGUUCACAUGCCAGAAAGAUUUGCUCUUUGAAGAAGCAUGUUAGUGUAUGUGGCAAUGCCCCAUGCACUUUUUAAAUACCUAAAUCUGUACAUUCUCAUCUGAGUAUUGUUAACCAUGCUGUAGUCUGACAAAUUAAUCUUUUACUACUGCCCUGUUACAUAGAUAAUUGUAAUUAACUGCAGUUYGUUUUUUCCACUACUUGAAGUCGUGUGAUCUGAAAAUUGGUGAACGAAAAGUAUUUGUGCAUCUUACUAUGGGUAUCUCUAAAUAAAAUGUAUUUGUAUAGUG